UUAUUAAGGGAGUGGCGUUCUUAGCAGUAAUCGAAUAGAAAACAUAAAGGCGCUUGGGAAUUCAAAUCAAACAGAUCGAGUUGAUAUCCAAAAUGAGCAAACUUAAUGCGGAAUUUGCAGAUCCUUGUCUUGAAAGACAUUUUACGGGACAUCGAAACGCAAUAACGCAGAUUCGAUUUAAUCCGGAGGGCACAAGGUUAGCCACAAGCUCUUUGGAUGCAACUGUUAUUUUGUGGGACUUAAAACAAGCUGCCAGGUGCAUAAGAUUUGCAGCACAUACAGAAUCAGUGUAUGGUGUCAGUUGGUCACCCCGUUCUAAUUUAGUGGCGUCAUGUUCUAAGGAUAGAACAGUUAAGAUAUGGGAACCAAAACUAAAGGGAGUUUCGGGAGAUUUCCUUGCUCAUGGUAAACCUGUAAGAUCGGUGGAUUUCGAUCCCACUGGAACUAUGCUGGUAACUUCUUCAGACGACAAGAGUUUAAAACUAUGGAAAGUUGCCACCCGAAAGUUUGUAACAUCAUUUGCCUGUCACACAAAUUGGGUGAGAUCAGCUAAAUUUAGCCCUUGUGGUCAAAUGGUCGCCUCAUGUGGCGAUGAUAAAACUUUGCGCAUUUACGAUAUUAAUUCCGGACAGUGUGUUCGUAGCUUCACUGAGGAAAAGGGUAUGGGACGUCAAUUAGCCUGGCAUCCUGAUGGAAAUAUGAUAGCAGUGGGCAUGACAUGCCAUCGAGUGAAAAUAUUCGAUUUGGUUGCCCAACAACUGAUACAGUUAUAUCAAGUGCAUGCAGGACCAGUAAAUGAUUUGGCCUUCCACCCAAAUGGCAAGUUUUUGGUUACAUGCAGUGACGAUGAGACAAUGAAAAUAUUAGACUUGCUCGAAGGCCGUCCGGUUUACACAUUAACCGGUCAUACUGGGAGUGUUACGGCAGUAGCUUUUAAUCAUGAUGGUUCCCGUUUUGCAACAUCUGGGAAUGAUAGACAACUUCUUAUAUGGAAAUCUAAUCUACACACCUACGACAUUGCCUCAUAUGAGGCUAAAGUAACUGGUGAGGCCAGUCUUAGCGAAAGUGGAAUUGAGCCUCAUGCCACAACUUCUACGACAACUGCAACAAAUGCCAGUGAUCAAUCCAUACUUAUUGAUCCUAGACAAUCUGUGGCCUACAAACAUAGAGAUAAAAAUUUCCAGGUGCUUGAUAGUGACUAUACCGGACAUGAAUAUGAGCACGAACAGCAUCAACGAAACUAUGGAACACCUACUGAAACGGUAUAUCCUAACACAUCCUCUACAAAGAACAAAAACGACACCCAAAGCCACAGCAGUUCUUCUUUGUUGCAAUUACCAAAAAUUUUGCAAAGUGAAAGUCUUAGUCACAACAAUCAUUUCCCAUUUGCAACCGAUAAACGUAUGCCUGACCAUUCUCAUAGUAGUUCAAAAUACUUUUGAUUUUUUUAAUGUUUAUGUAUUGUACAUAUUGAAACACAUGGGGUUGGUGAGCGUUAACUUAUACUUAAUUUUAAUAAAUAAAUAUUUCUUUACCGUA